AUGAUCAAUGCACAACAAUCAUGUCUUUGCACAUUAUUCGUUUCCAUUCCUAUUACAUGGAUUCUGUAUUUCAGUUCAUCAACUUAUUCUCAAUAUUUACUUCUUCUGCAUGGACAAAUGGUAAUCAGCACAAUACCGUCAUAUGUCGAUCCUCAAUAUUUACCGUUAACAAAUCAGCAUAUGAUUCAUGAUGGCAGUGAUUGCAUUUACUAUGACGACAAAAAUGGUCUCUUUCAUCCAAACACAAAACAUCCACGCUUCAUUGUCACUGGAGGCGCUGGCUUCAUCGGCAGCCAUCUCGUCAAACGACUCACACAACAAUACAAUCCCUCUCAAAUCAAAGUCUUGGACAAUCUCUCACACGGUCGACUUCACAAUCUCCAGUAUGCCGACGGCACAUGGUCCAUCUCUACCACUCGUGACUUCUGUCUCGUCGAUCUUCGAAACGUUCAUGUGGCCCUCAAAUAUGUCACAGGAGCGGACGUUGUCUUUCAUCUGGCUAAGGUGUUCUCCACUUCGAAUCGUUCGUCUGCACUCUAUGAAACAUCUCUAGUCAAGGUCAACGUCAUGUAUGCAAUGAAACUCAACACAAUCGCUAACCUCGUAUUUGCCGAAGGUGGUUGGCCAACGAAGUUAAACUCGUCAGUGCCCUUGAGUGAGAAGUUGAAACAAUACGAAAACGAUCUAGUACACUCUCAUGAGUUCAACAUUGGAGUAGUGCGUUUAGAGAGCGUGUAUGGUCCCAACUGUGACUAUACUGAUCUCAACGAACAGAUAGUGGGCUGGCUGAUAGCAAAAGGGUUGAGCGCAGACAAGGACUCAUUGACACGGUGGAGCGUAAGAGAAGAACACCGUGACUUGAUCUAUGUUGAUGACGCAGUGGACGGUCUGAUGUUGGUAUACGAAGAAGGAAUGAACAAGGGUGUGUUAGAUGUUCGAAGUGAUAGAAGAACGAGCACGAAAGAGCUUGUACAGAUGAUAGGAAACGUAUCAGAAGAAAAGCUGGGAAGAAGGGUGACUGGUAGCUACGAGUUUACGUCAGGUGAAAGCGAUGAAGAGUCGUACGGUGAUGGGAAGAACAUUUUGAGAUGGAGACCGAAGGUGAAGCUAGAAGAUGGUAUUUGGCGAACGAUGACUUGGAUAGGUGAAAAUCAAAACAAACCAAGAGUGCUUGUCAUCACGCUUGGACAGUUGCGUGGCGGACCUCUAGCGUGGAAAUCUCUGCACAAAUUCCUCUUAAAACCAUACAAUGCUCAUUUAGCAUUGCAUAUAUCAGAUUUCACAAGCAGAACAUACUUACAUGACAUAGCGCAGUACAUUUGGAUGGAGGAAGAACACAAAGAUUGGGGUGUCGUUCUGCAGCUGGUAUCUGAAACAUGUGGCAAUGAAGGAAUCGUAGGAAAAUGGAGAGAAUAUUGCAACAUUCCGGGAUUAUUCAUGGGUGGUGUUGCAAACUGUAACCAUAGGUCGCAUACAUCAGUUUCAUUUGCAUUCAGGUGGAUGUUACAACAAAAGAUCAGUAAACUUCAGUUGCUCGACAAAUAUGAUUGGUUUAUUUUGACUCGAGCUGAUGAGCUGCAUCUAUGUGAACAUUUUGAUUUCACCACUAUGACGGAGAGCGACAUUUUAUUGCCUACUGAUGAACAUUACAAUGGCUGGUCGGAUCGUCAUUUAAUUGCUCGUUCGUCUAUGUUUAUGAAGAUGAUCAAUAUCACGAAUGAGUUAAUUUGUAGACCUGAUUACUGGCGGAAUAAACUGGAAGGAGUUGAUUAUGAAUUAAAUAUUGAAGUGGUGCAGAAGCUGAUCUGGGACGAUAUGGGUUUAACUGUUUCGGAACAUCCGAGAUCCAUAUUUAUUGUUAGAAGCAGUGGUGAUCCUGCAUCAUGGUCUCGAGGUAGAUCUCAUCCAGAACUCAGUCGCUUCAAUCUGAAAGUGAAGUAUCCAAGAGAAUUAAAGUCAUCGAAAAUAUACUGCAAAACUAGAAAUAUUACACAUAUGAUGGAAUCUAUUCGUGAAUACAAUUAA